CCGCCCUUCAGCAAAACCCUAGAACUCGCAGAUCAACUGAAACCUUCAUCAAUGGCGGACGAGACGGCGUCGAUGAGCAUAUACAGAGCUUCGAGAAUAAUUAAGAGAAGACAGAGCUCUUUGUACAAUUCUCUACUAUCAAUUCACGAGGACUCGAUCUUCGUAUCGGAGAUAGCUCAGUUAUGGCCUGAGUUGCCCCUUGUAGCCAACCUGCGUUGCGGGCUCUGGUACGCUAAGAAAUUUCAUUCGAAUUGUUACUUCAAGUCGACGGAUGGCCAUACGAAUAACUUGUCGUUCAAUACCUCUCGGCUUAAUCUCCAUCUAGCCAUUCUCGCAGGACAGAGGGGAGGGUGUAUGAUCGUUGAUUCUACUCGGAAAGGGAAGAGGUUUCCAGACAGUAUGUCAAAAACCAUACCGAUUUGGACUUGCGUAUUGAAUCGUGCAAUUUUGAAUUAUAGAAACAAAAUGGAUGGAAUCAAUAAGCCUAUGGAGGAGGGAGUGAAUUCUUCUGCUCAAAAUUCUGAUACUACUGUACACGAGUCGCCUAAAUGGGACUCAUCUUUGCAUCUUCCCCUUUGGGUGCCUGAUACAGAGAGAGUGAGGAUAGAGUGUAACUUAGAUGGAUGGAUCAAGCAACUAGAAACAAGUGGAGCCGAUAUUGCUUCCAUCUCAUCUUUACUGAAAAAACCUCUACGGCCUCUUUGGAUUUCACAAAAAACCGUCAUAUGGUUAAAUGAAGUUCCUGAUUAUGAUUCUUGGGAUUUCACACCCAUAAUCCUUAUUUCUGCAUCUGCUGCAAGAGAUGUAUAUCGACAAAAAAGGAGCUCUGAAUUUAGUUGGAAUUACAUAGCAGGAGCCGGAGACGAUGAAGAGAGUUGGGCAAGAGGUUUAACGCCUACCUUAUUUUGGAAUAAUGUCUAUGAUUUAAUUAAUUCAGGACCUGAUGUGUGUAACCAAAAGGUAGCGGCAAUUGUUGAAAGGGAUAGGGUAUAUCGUGCACAAAGGGGACAGAAUGCUCCUCAGGUAUCGGUUAAACCUACAAAGUUGGCGAGCACCAAUUCAACUCAUAUCCAAGACCAACCAUUAGACGUAAUUAUGGAGGAUGGAACUGGUGGACACUCAUUAGGUGAUGAGCAUCCGAUAUACUGGUUGGGUUCGACAAAUCUUGCAGUCUGUGCGACUGGAUAUGAUUUCAAGGCAUCCAAUGUUGAUGGCAUAUUAAACUGCGAUCAAAAUCAGAUUCUUUGUAGUCUUGAGGACUCAGAAGCUCAUUUGCACCUGCCUAUCAUGAACUCGAAGUUUGAUCGGUUUUCUCUGCAAAGAAAUCUACCUUCUGCGCUGACUUUCGCCAAGCUGCACCUGAAAGGGGGAAAGAAGCUUUCAGUUUGCUGCAACAGUGGGGAAGACAUCAGUGUUUGUGUUUGCUUGGCAAUAUUGAUUUCAUUAUUCAAUGUUGAAGGGGUUUAUGAUGACGGGAAAUCCUUCAAGGAGACACAAAUAACGAAGCUAGAUAUGCGACAACGGCUCAUAUUCAUAUGCAAAUUCGCCGUAAAUGCCCGACCAUCAAGAGGUAAUAUGAAGCAAGUCUUCAAUUUUCUUGCAGGUGCAAGUACCUGACCAUCUUGCUGAAACCAAGUCAGCGAUCUUUACAGAAUCAGUCGUUUUACUUUUGUGGUUGAGGCCAAGUCUGCACACAUCUUACCCUCCACGGACCCCACCUCAGAUAGAAUAUACCGGGUUCGUUUGGUUUUGUGUGUCAUACAUAAACAUAUUGUCCGUGUAGCUUUAGCUUAGCAAGUAAGGAGGUGACUAUCUUUAGUGUGAGCCACCAUCCACCUACCCAUGAGACGUGAUUUACCUACCCUAUAAUGACUGAGACCAUCAUCAUAAACCCUUUUUUGUAGAAUGCAUACAAAUGUUUCCCCUGAUACUUUAGCCUAGCGAGUAACGAGGUGGGUAUCCGUGUAGAAUUAGUACAAACCCACCCACAUGAUGGCUGUCGGACCAGUAGCACGAGGGUGACGUUAUGACCUCUUCUUUGUAGGAUGUUGGUGUAAAUCUUAUAGUUGAUAUUACCAUUCAUACUAUAUAACAUUUAUUGCAACAUUUUUCAUGGGGUCCUUUCUUCUAGUGAAGAUAUUUAGUGUGACCAUGUUCAUGAAAUAAGGGUGUGAAUGAGCCUAGUCGAGUAUUAGGGGUUACUAGAGUUUAGUCCGACUAAAUGAUACUCGGCUUGAGCUUAAUGCUCAUUUAUGUGCUCGAACUCAUGAUCGAUUAACUUGUUUAUUGGCUAGAGCUCGAUUAUUUUAGAGAUUGAAUAACAUGUGAUCAAUUAACUUGUUUAGUGGUCCAAAAAGUGUAUUAUUGAAUGGUCAUCUCAAGUCGAAAAAUUUGAUAAGAGUUUUCGAAUGAGCCGAGUCAAACAUUAGUGUUAUGAGCUGUUCUAGUUGAGUUCAACAAAUUGUAUUGUUUUCAAGAUCGACUGGAGCCUAAGAGUUAUUAAGCUUGUGCUCAAAUUAAGAACUUCCAUUCACAAAGUUAAAAGUUGGAGGAAUAAAAAGUACCAGGACGUCUCAGGUUCAAA